UAACUUUUUUGUUCCUCUUUCGAGUUUCCAGUCCUCAGCUCCCUUCGUCGUCGUCGUCGUCGUCGUGGGGGAUGGCGAGGUUCAAAAAAUUCUCGAAGAGCCUCAUCGAGCACUUCCUAGACGGUGGCGGCGUUAAACAAGAGGGUAAAAAGAAAGAGAGGGAGGGUGAUGACCUGGAGGCCAUCACGGCCAUGAGACGGCGGGUGUUCCGGUACGAGGCGGUGGUGGAGGCCACCGGGAAGUUCAGCCCCAAGCAGAAACUCGGCGAGGGCGGAUUUGGGCCGGUCUUCAAGGGGCGGCUGGAGGACGGGCGGGAGGUAGCGGUAAAGCGACUGAGCGUGGCGUCGAGGCAGGGGACGAAGGAGUUCAUGAACGAGGCGAUGUUGCUGUCGGAGGUGCAGCACAAGAACCUGGUGAACCUCUACGGCUACUGCACCCACGGUGACGACAAGCUCCUCGUAUACGAGUACGUCCGCAACGAGAGCCUAGACAAGAUCCUCUUCUCCAGAGAGGAAAAUAACUGGAAGAUGGCGCAGUUGGACUGGUGUCGGCGAUUUAAUGUGAUCGUUGGUGUAGCACGGGGUCUUCUGUACUUGCAUGAGGAAGCGCACACCACCAUCAUCCACCGCGACAUCAAGGCCAGCAACAUCCUGCUGGACGAAGAGUGGUCGCCCAAGAUCGCCGACUUCGGCCUGGCCCGCCUCUUCCCGGCGGAGCUGAGCCAGGUGAAGACCCGCGUUGUUGGCACCAACGGUUACAUGGCCCCUGAGUAUUUCAUGCACGGCACCCUCUCUGCGAAAGCCGACGUCUUCAGCUUCGGCGUCGUCAUCCUCGAGCUCAUCUCCGGCCGCAAGAACGCCGCCUUCGCACCCUUCCCUGACUGUGAAGCCAGAAGCCUCCUCGAAUGGGCUUGGAGGUUGUACAGGAAGGGACAGAGUCUGGAUCUCCUGGAUCCGGCGCUGAAAUCCACGGCCGUGGCGGAGCAAGUAGAAAUGUGCAUUCAUCUCGGCCUGCUCUGCGUCCAGUCCGACCCCAAGCUGCGGCCUGACAUGAGCCGCGUCGUGAUCAUCUUGUCCAAAAGGCCAAGAACAUUGGAAGAACCCAGCAAGCCUGGAAUCCCCGGACCUAGAUACCGGAGACACCAAGGGGCCGCCUACGCCUCCAGCCCUGCUCCUUCCGCUGCGAGAUCAUCCUCCUCCGCUCCCGACUCUGCUUCUGCCUCGAGUGCCACCACCUGGACCCCUAUGACCCCUACUAAUUAAGGUGGAGUACUUUUGUCCGUCUUCAAUUUGAGAUUCCAGGGCGUUCGUGGAAGCAAUCUGUGAUUACAUUUCAUUUGCUUGUUUUUUUUUUUUUGUGUUUCGGUUCGAUGGUAUACCAGUUUUUUGAAUGAUGUUGGUACAUGUGUAAUAACAAGCUAUCCUUUUUUGUAUGAUAAUACCUUCAUUCAAUGAUCGAGCUUUCCUUUUUUUUUUUUUUUUGCACUUUGAAAUCACUCUGUACAUUGGAUUAGUUUUGAUGUUUUUGGCAAUUGAAGUAGUUUUUUGUUGUUCUUA